UAGUAAUAAUUGUCUUUAGUCAAUAUGCUUGCAUGAUAUAUGAUCAGUUAUAAUGCGUAUGAGGGUUUGCAUACUUUGAAUACUUCUGGUUUAUCUUCUGUGUUUUUCUGUGUUUAAACAUUAUAUAUUAGGUCUAUUCUGUGCAUAAUAUAUUUUAACACAAAUAGUCUGCUAUAAUGGGUCUUUGUCUCCUUUAUAAGAACAUAAGAACAUAAGAACUAUACAAACAAGAGGAGGCCAUUCGGCCCAUCAAGCUCGCUUGGGGAGAACUAAACUAAUAGCUCAGAGUCGUUAAAAUCUUACCUAGCUCUGAUUUAAAGGAACCCAAGGAUUCAGCUUGCACUACAUUAUCAGGAAGGCUAUUCCAUACUCUGACUAUGCGCUGUGUAAAGAAGUGCUUCCUUAAAUCCAGCUUGAAAUGUUCUCCCGCUAAUUUCCACCUAUGGCCACGAGUUCGAGUUCGUAAUGCUGAAGUAACUAUUUGGUUGAACAGCAUCCAAACCUGUUAGAAUCUUAUAUACCUGGAUCAUGUCCCCCCUCAGUCUCCUUUGCUUGAGACUGAACAGAUUUAGGUCAAGUAACCGUUCCUCGUAUGACAUUCCUCUAAGACCAGGAAUCAUUUUUGUGGCCCUACGCUGCACCUUUUCUAAGGCCACAAUGUCCUUUUUAAGAUAUGGUGACCAAACCUGCACACAAUAUUCUAGGUGAGGUCUCACCAAGGAAUUGUAUAAUCUUAGCAUUACCUCCCUUGACUUAAACUCCACACACCUGGAGAUAUACCCCAACAUCCUAUUGGCCUUUCUUAUUGCUUCCCCACACUGGCGAGAAUGGGACAUGGAAGCAUCAACAUACACACCAAGGUCUUUCUCAUGAUCAGCUACCUUUAUUUCAGUGACACCCAUGAAAUACCUGUACUUUAUAUUUCUGCUCCCUAGAUGGAGUACCUUACAUUUAUCGACAUUAAAUUUCAUCUGCCAGGUAUCGGCCCAGUCACUAAUUAAAUCAAGAUCCCGCUGUAGCUGCUGAGCCGCUAAUUCAGUAUCUGCUACACCACCCACCUUGGUGUCAUCUGCAAAUUUCACCAGUUUACUGUAUAUAUUGGUAUCCAUAUCAUUUAUGUAAAUUAGGAACAAUAGUGGUCCUAAAAUCGAACCCUGCGGUACCCCACUAUGAACGCAGGCCCACUGUGACAUUGUGCCUCUUAUAACUACUCGCUGUUUCCUAUCUGUUAACCAGUUAUCAAGCCAGGUCGCUACGGUACCUAAAAUACCUGUCGCUUUGAGUUUAAGUAGGAGCCUCUUGUGGGGGACAACAUCAAAAACCUUUUGGAAAUCUAAGUAGAUGACAUCAUAGGCCUUCUUAUCAUCAACUUCCUGAGUAGCUUCCUCAAAAAACUCCAACAGAUUUGUUAAACAGGAUCUACCUCUCCUAAAUCCAUGCUGGCCAUCCUACAAAAUGUUAUUGGAGUCCAGGUAAUCUACCAUUUUCUCUUUGAUUAUAGCCUCCAUAACUUUACCAGUUAUACAAGUUAGACUGAUUGGCCUAUAGUUUGACAGAUAUCGAUGAUAUCUAGGGCAACUUUUAUACCAGGCUCUAGGUAAUGCUUAAAAAUUCAUAAAUUUGAUUUGGGAGAUAUCCCACCGUGAUUCCCUCCAUGCAAUUAUUAUUUGUUGCUAUUUAUGUAUCAAAAAAAAGAUUCCAACAAUGUUCUCCACCGUCUCUUAGACUAAGAUAAUAUAUUCCAACUUGUCCCAGCUGAGCUAUGCAGAACCUCUGACACCAGUUAUUCCACUAUGCUUUAGACUUUCUCCUUCAUUAAUAAUGCUCAAGUAUUUCUUUUUUGUAAAUAUCGUGAUUCAGUUUUGAGAAUAUUACUUCCCCUUCUGGUGGGUAACCUGCAUUCACUUUGCUCUGGUUUGCUAGAGGAUGACUCUACUUGGUGUGUCCUUGGAGCACGUGUUCACUGAAUCACAUCCUAUUGGCAUCACUCGCCUAUGAGUUCCAAGUCUUCUGAGCAUUUGUCCUCCCUUUACAUCCAUGCAAUAUCAGUUUAGGGCUGUCGAAGCAUUUUCCGAAAGGCCUUCCCUCAGAUCCGUGGUGAUGCAGACAGAGUAGCUUCUGGACGGGUCGUGUCCCUUAAGAUGUUUGCCGCUCAGUAAUGCCAACAGUGGAGCCACACCUCAAUCCCACAAGUAAGCAGAUAAUUACGUGGGCUGCCUGUGCACGAGGGAAUUCGCAAUUUUGGUUUACAGAUAAGAGCCUCUUCUCGGGUUUCGCCAGAAGUGGUUGCGAGAUAAUGGGGUUGGAUUCAUUCUGCAUCUCAGCAUAAGUGCAUCAGUGUAAUAACAGUGGUUUGCUUUUUUUCUAUGCCUUCAUCUUCUUGUUUUCUUACAUCACGCAUCUCAGUUCAGUGUCGGUUCCUUGCCAGUGCUGUUCCUGUUCCCUCUGACCCUCUGCAGUGAUGCAUUAGCGGCAAUGCAACAGCUAAACUACCGGAGGAAGGACAAUGGGUCCCACCACGAUCGGAUCCCGCUGCGCAUUGUGCGGGCGGAAGCAGAACUGUCGCCCAUGGAGAAAGCGUACCUGCGGGCCGUGGAGCGGGGUGACUACGCCAGCGUCCGGCAGGCUCUGCAGGAGGCAGAGAUCUACUUCAAGAUCAACAUCAACUGCGUGGACUCACUGGGCCGCACAGCGCUGCUCAUUGCCAUCGAGAACGAGAACCUGGAGAUAAUCGAGCUGCUUCUCAGCACCAACGUGUACGUGGGGGACGCCCUACUGCACGCCAUCCGCAAGGAGGUGGUGGGUGCCGUGGACCUGCUGCUUAACCACAAGAAGACCAGCAAAGAGAAGCAGGUGCCUCCAAUUUUGCUGGACAAGCAGCUUUCCUACUUUACACCGGACAUCACACCCAUCAUCCUGGCAGCCCACACCAACAAUUAUGAGAUUAUCAAAAUGCUGUUACAAAAGGGGGUGUCGGUACCCCAGCCACACGGGGUGCGCUGUAACUGCCCGGAGUGUUCGUCCAACUCCGACGUGGACAGCCUGCGCCACUCCCGCUCCCGCCUGAACCUGUACCGGGCGCUGGCCAGCCCCUCGCUCAUCGCCCUCUCCAAUGAGGAUCCCUUCAUCGCUGCUUUCCACCUCAGCUGGGAGCUCAAGGAAUUGAGCAAGAUGGAGAUCGAAUUCAAGUCAGAGUACGAGGAGCUGUCGCAGCAGUGCAAGAAGUUCGCCAAGGACCUGUUGGACCAGACACGCAGCUCACGCGAACUGGAGAUAGUGCUGAACUUCAAGGACAACAUCACACCACUGAAUAAUGAGAGCAGCAACGAUCUAGCACGACUGAAGCUGGCCAUUAAGUACUACCAGAAGGAGUUUGUCGCUCAGCCCAACUGCCAGCAGCUGUUGGCAUCACGCUGGUACGGCGAAUUUCCCAGUUGGAGGAAGCGCCACUGGUUCAUGAAGCUCCUCACCUGCACCUUCAUCGGCCUCCUCUUUCCUUUCUUCUCCCUCUGCUACCUGGUGGCCCCCCGGAGCCGCUUGGGUCUCUUCAUCCGCAAGCCCUUUAUCAAGUUCAUCUGCCACACCACUUCCUACCUAACGUUCCUCUUCCUGCUCCUGCUCACGUCCCAGCACAUGGUCUCCACGGACCCUAACAUCAUGGGACCCUGGCCCACCGUUGUGGAGUGGAUGAUCCUCCCUUGGGUCUUAGGUUUUGUAUGGACCGAGAUCAAGCAGAUAUGGACUGAUGGACUACAAGACUACAUCAACGACUGGUGGAAUUUUAUGGACUUUGUCAUGAAUUGUCUGUACCUGGCUACCAUUUCCCUCAAGAUUGUGGCCUUCAUGAAGUACUGCGAGAAGCAACAAAGGGACACAUGGGACAUGUUGCACCCCACCCUGAUGGCCGAAGCCCUCUUCGCUAUCGCCAACAUCUUCAGCUCACUGCGCCUCAUCGCUCUCUUCACGUCCAACGCCCACUUGGGCCCACUGCAGAUCUCGCUGGGCCGCAUGUUGCUCGAUAUCCUCAAGUUCCUUUUCAUCUUCUGCCUGGUACUAUUUGCGUUUGCCAACGGCCUUAACCAGCUCUACUUCUACUAUAAGAGGACAAAUAUUGUCUUCACAACAUUCUUCAGGACUUUGCAGACUCUUUUCUGGUCCGUGUUUGGGCUGGUUAGUCUGAAUGGAACUACUGUCAUCCCAGAACACAAGGUCACCGAGUUUGUGGGAGCCACAAUGUUUGGCACCUACAAUGUCAUCUCUCUGGUGGUGCUCCUCAACAUGCUAAUAGCAAUGAUGAAUAACUCUUACCAGCAAAUUUUUGACCAUGCAGAUAUCGAAUGGAAAUUUGCGCGCACAAAGCUAUGGAUGAGCUACUUUGAGGAAGGGGGAACGCUGCCUUCCCCUUUUAAUAUAAUCCCCAGCCCCAAAUCUAUCUGCUACCUCAUUAGAUGGAUUAGGAAGCACUUAUGCAAAAGGACAGUAUCAAAAAGAAAAGAGAAUGACGCCGCCGAAGAGCGACACAAAUCUGAAAUCCUGAGAACGAAUAAUCAGUAUCAGGAUCUGAUGAGGCAUCUGAUCAAAAGGUAUGUGGCUGCGAAGAUCAGAGACGCCAAAAAGGAGGAGGGUCUGACAGAGGAGAACUUCAAGGAACUGAAACAAGACAUCUCCAGUUUCCGGUAUGAUGUUCUGGGUUUGAUGAAAGGGAAUGACUCAGUUCUCCCAGGAGAAAAAUUUAGGGAUGGUAGCUCCAAGUGGGGGCUGACUCACCGUGCACUCAACAACGCUCCAGCGUCCCCUGCUGGUCAAGAGAGGAGAAAACUUAACCUGCACAACGGUGCCCCUGUGCAUGAGAACUCUAAUCCCCGCAGACUUCCAGAUGUUCACCAAGUGCUGCCCUCCUGUGGCUCCAUUGAAGAGGACCUACAGGAGCGGAAAAAUGGAAACAAUGAGGGCUGAUUGGAUGUCGAGUCCCAGCUGGAAAAGAGUUUGCAAAGUGUGGCAGGAAUCUGCUAUGGGAAGCUCACAGAAACAGAAGAUCAGAGCCACAUGUGAUCUACCUGGGACACCUCUGACAAUCUCUGCAUGACGUACGUCAUACAUAUGCAGUUAUAAUGGACGAGAAAGCCGUGUUGCAGAGUUGCUUUCUUGGAAAAUAAGUUGAGGGAGAGAGUGUUGCUUAUAGUAUUUCAACAGCCUGCACAGACUUGAAUAGACAGCAAUGUAUAAAUCCACACCCAGAUAUACUCGCCUUGGCAUGUAGGUAAACCGAAGGCAGGAAAGUUUCUACGCGUGCAAAAUAUGAUGUAAAGCAUAUGGGAGCGAUUCAAACACUUCUGUGAGUACUGACCCCCCAAUGAAAUUCCUCACACAAACACACCCUAAUCACAACACGCAUUUUAUAACUUCUAAGCAUUGGCCACUACACAAACAUUAAUAAAAAUAAUAAUAAAACGAAAUAAUGCAAAGCAUAGAGAGGAAUGCACGUAAAGUACGCCGAACCACCCUCUUAAGUUUUUUUUUUCUCAUUUUUUUGUUAUCUUGUUAUUGUGAAGUUUGUGUUUGUGAGUAAGGAAAACCACUGAAGAUCAACUUAUGCUGCGAUGAGGAAUGACAGCAAGAGAGUCCAGUAAAGAAGUUCCUUUCUGUAAUCUUCAUGUAUGUAAUAAAAUGGUUAUAACACUAGAA